AUGCAAAUUCGUCAUGGCGGUAGCAAAGGCACAUUAUGUGUUAAGCCAGUAUUAGAUGAUGAGAAAUACGAGGUUGUUAUACGAAAUAGUAUGAAAAAAUUUGAGACUGACUACUGUAUAUUGGAAAUAUGCAAACUAUCAUCGCCAAGACCACUUUAUUUAAAUCGUCAAGACAUUAUAUUGUUGUCUCAUUGUAGUAUUCCCGAUUCAAAUUUUUUUGUUUUACAAAAAUAUGAAAAGGUAUUUGUCACGGUCAGUGUUGGGUAAGUUAACAAACCACUUCUAAAAAAUAUACAUAGACAUAACACGUAUUCCCUUCGUAUUUUUAUUCAAUAAAUGAUAGAUGUAAAUUUAAAAUAAAAUGAACGUUUUCUUUUCUACAAAAGGUUAAAAAGACAGAGAAAGGGGAAAACAAUUAACAGUGUGUAAGUGUGUGAGAAAACGGUUUUAAAACAUGUGUGUAACGUACGUUGCAUAUUAUAGGUAAAUUAUAUCGUUUAUCACGUUGAAGGAUUCCUAACUGGAAUAAGCUUCUACAUCAUGGAUCACACGCAAAGAAAGUCCAAAGCGAAGGAGGGUGUGAGGAGUUUUCGAAAUAGGCUCUACGGGAAAAAGAUCAUAGAUUUUGACAGUUCCGAAAAUCUUUGAGUUUUUUUACAAAAUAGAUGGUCGACUCCCUUUUGAUCUACAAACGCCAAAUGUAAUUGUGAUAAUCGUCCAAGACAAUUUUGUUCAGAAAUAUUCAAUACAAAGUUGUUAAUAUCAUCUCGUGUAAUCGGCGGGUUUUGGGGUUCCGGAGACACCUGAGAAUCAUAGUCAAAUGGCUCAGAAUUCUUCGUCUUGGAUACAAGAUCUUUGUGCCAUAUCACAGCAUAUUCAUCUCCUUAAAUAAAACAGAAAAUCAAUUGUUAUUUGCUUCUUUCUCUAACCGUGACAUCGGUGUUUUAAUUUGGUUUUUAUAAAGACUCAAAACAGUGUUCACUGACGAGCUAGUAAUAUGGGUAACUAUCUAAGCAUAGUUGAAAGUACGAGUUUGUUUUGCCAUACGGAUAGGGCGAUAAAGUUUUUCUUUUUUCCUAUUAUAGACUGAAAAUAUCAGUAUUGUUCCUCAUUUGAUGGAAUUUUGUAGGAGAGAUUUUACAAAGUAAAACUACCAUCCAUUUCAAGGUAGAAUACUCUAUCGCAGUGAAAAGUAACUUACUUAGUUAGUUUGACUAACUUUUCAAUGAGGAGAGAUACCAAUGUAAAAUUCUCACCAAAAGUGAAUACCUCAAGAAGUCUUUGGCAACAUGAAGUUUCUUCAUAACCCUUUUUUAUAGUAUGUAUUAGGGGAUGUUUGAAAAACAGCAUCAUAGCUCGAAGAAGUUUCAUAAAGAUACUGUGGUAUUUUUCGUGAGUAGAUAGCUGAAACUGUUCUGUUCGAAAUAGUAGUAA